AUGCUCAGCGCACCGAAAACCGCCGUCAUGGAGGACAGUGUUGGUGCUCGGCACCCGAAGGCAUGUAUCACAUGUGCCAAGGCGAAGGUGCGGUGUUUGCCAGAAGAUGAUGGCCCUUGUAAACGCUGUCUCCGCUUGGGUAAAGAGUGUGGAAACCAAACGCCCGGAGCUCAUCGGCGCCCAAGAAAAUCAGCGAGUAAUACAGAGAUUUCUGCACUCGAGGCAAAAUUGGACCGUAUGGUCGAUCUGCUAGCUGCUUCCGAACGCAAUGCCAGAGAACGAUUAGACGGCAGCACCACAAGGUCAAACUCUACAUUUGAAGAAAGAACAGUCAAACCUGACAUCGACGAUAAAAAAAUACUGGAAAUCUUCAGGACGCAGAUGUUGCCCUUGUUUCCAUUCUUGAUCAUUCCCUCCAGUGUCACCGCAGAGGAAGUGCGUCGAGAAAAGCCCUUUCUCUUUCUGAAUAUCUCGAUGGUAGUCUGCCAAAGCUCUUCUCGUCAAAAGGAAAUUGCCACUGCAGUUCAGCAAUAUGUCGCCGACCAUAUCAUCAUGAGAGGUGAACAUAGCUUGGAUCUUCUCCAAGGACUCCUCGUGCAUGCGGCUUGGUUCACCUCCGUCAGUCGCUGCCACUCGGUGGCCCCAUCUGCAUACGCCGCUAGUCAAGCUGAUACGUUCAAAGCUGAGAUGGAGUCCCAGCAUAUGACCCGCAGUACUGCUCAAUUCGAUGCUUUUGUGCAUCUCCUUGUGGCCCAAUCGCUCAGUCUGGGGUUGAACCAGGAAUUGACUUACCAAAAAAGCUUGAAUUACCCCAUGACUUAUUUGAAAGAAUCCAUGCAAGAGACCCCACAUAAUCCAAUCCGAACAUUGGAAGAACGGCGAACCUAUCUCGGGUGUUAUUAUCUGACCACGAUGCUCUCUACAUGUGUGAAAGAUCUCGGACCGAUCAUCCGCUUUACAAAAUACACCGAAGAAUGCUGCAAGACUUUAGAACAAGUCGCAGAAUAUCCCGUUGACAACCACUUGGUACAAUUAGUCCGAGUGAUGAACCUUGCAGAGAGAAUCCAUUGCACACUCUAUCGCACCGAUCUUCCUUACUCACCAGUCUCAGCAUCCCCAAUCGGACUGAGUAUUCGGUGGCUCGAGGCCGAGCUCCAGCAAUUGAAGACCCACAUGACGAGCGACCCAUCACAAAGUGCCAUCUUAUCAACCCACUACGAUACACUGGAAAUACAUCUCUACCGAAUCGCUCUCAACCAAGAAUCAUCCGAGUCUGACUACGGUAACCACCCACUGAUGCGAUUGGACAUCCUCUACCGCUGCCUGGAAUCCACCACCUCAUUCUUCCGAAACUUCUACGCUCUACCCUCAAUCUUCUUCCCAUAUGUCCCUUUCACCGUAAUAUGCCAAUUCGGCAAAGCAAUCGUCACCGUCUCCCAGCUCUCCCUUUUCAACCACAGCGGGUGGGAUCGCACAUACGUGGAGAGCACGAUAGAUUUCAAUAGCACAGUCGACGCAUUGCUCGCCAAAUUGGACGAUUCACGCGUGCUGUUUCAACAUGCGCUGGAGCAGAAUCCGAAUACUUCCCAAAUCCCAGAGAUCUACGGCAGAAUGGCUGCCAGAGGGCGGAUGAUGAAGGCUAUGCACCAGCGCCGAAAGGAUGCCCUGGAACAGACUACGCCUUCGAGCAUGACUGAACUUGAUUAUGAGCUUAUGAUGAAUACGCCACUGGAUUUGCUUUUCCCUUUCAGCGAGAUUCCCCCCAUCUACGAACCACACAACUUUCGAGGCUAG